GCAACUGUUAACCACCGAGAGGAAGCGAAACACGGGAGGAGCCGAGCGGCUGCGCAGUUAUAAGAGACAGCAGUGUUUUAUUCACCCAGCUCAUCCGAUCCGGACACCCACAGCUUUACCAGAAUGAUGCUGCAGCACACUGGUCCCUCGCUGGCUGAUAUCAGCUGCUCCGCCUUGGUCCCCUGCCUCUCCCCGCCGGGCACGCUCACCCUGGACGACUUCACCAACUUCACACCCAUCGUGAAAGAGGAGCUCCGGCUGGCCAUCCAGACCAAGCGGCUGUCCAACGGGCUCAGCGCUGACAUGAGCUCCGACGGCGCCAGCUCCAGCUCAGACCGAGCCUACGAGCGACCUGCGUGCGGGGCCGGGGUCAAGAGAGAGGUAGCACCAGAGGAGCACGAGAGGAGGAAGAGGAGGAGAGAGAGGAACAAAAUCGCUGCUGCCAAGUGCCGCAACAAGAAGAAGGAGAAGACGGAAUGCUUGCAAAAGGAGUCAGAGAAACUGGAGAGCGUCAACGCCGACUUGAAAGCUCAGAUUGAGGAGCUGAAGCAGCAGAAGCAGCAGCUGGUCUACAUGCUGAACAUGCACCGGCCGACCUGCAUCGUCCGAGCCCAGAACGGCCAGACGCCCGAGGACGAGAGGAACCUUUUCCUCCAGCACAUCAAGGAGAGCACCUUACAACUCCACAACCUCACCACCUCCUCCUCGUCCACAUCCACGCUAGCGCCGCUCGACGGAGGACUUCUGACCCUCGAUCACAUUCACUGUCCCAGUCACCUAUGAGCGACCGGGUGGUUUUUCUCGCCACUUUUCCAAGACUUGCAAUCCUCCCACCGUCUGCCAUCGAUGUAGCACAGACUGUUCGAGCCACAGGUGGAGUUGCCACAUUGACUUAUGACCUGACAGUGAAAUGUAAUCACCUCCGGACGACUCCUGGGUCUCAUUCACCGUCCACAAAGCUGCUAGAGAGAGUGAGAGUGCCAGACAAGUGACUUCAGCAUGCUCCCGCUCCUUGAAUGCAUAGCUGCUGAUUGAAUGGGAUGUGACAUGCACUGGACAGCACCUUGAUAUGCAUUAUGUGUUUUGUUCAUUACAAACAGUCAGGGCCAAGGUCCGAUCUUAAAGCCCUAAAAACUAAAACAACAACAGCUUUUUUUAUAUUUACUGAUAUUUUCAGUAGUUAAGGGUCUGAUUUAGUGUCUGAUUUUUGUACCAAAGUGUUUUCAAGGUGAUCCAGGCACAUAAUAUAACUGUUCGCCCACAAAGAAAGUAGAUGCAGGUUGACCGUGUGAGUGUGUACAGACGUUUGAGUGUUUGAGCUGCAAGUCACUGACUCUAAAAGAGCGUUGUUUGUGCUUAGUGUAUGAAAAAUAUUAUAUUUAUUAAAUGACUGCUGUAUGAUAUGUUGUGGCUGCAUCGACCCUGUCUGCUUGUCCUUUAUACAACGUGAACGUUACUAAACCUGCUGCUACCACUAACCACUCAGGACCUAUGCAGGCUGUAGAAGUUCAUUAUGUUUUGUUUUUUGCCUAAUUUAAGAAUACGAGUCAGGUUAUUUGCUGUUAAACAGAAAGCAGUAGCAGUCACAAAAGGGAAAGGUACUUUGCAGGCAGGGUUCGCUAAAUAAUUCUGCCCUUAAUUAAAUACCCUCGUACAAAUGACGAUGUUGUCAUAUAUGCCGAUGAUAUGUUACUUUACCGACGGAUUUGAGAUUUGCUGGUGAACAAAGUUGUCCAAGAAAUGUAAUACUGUACAUUACUCUACAUGACGAACACUUUAUUUAUCACUGCGUUCCCUCUUAACAAAUCUAAUGUUUCUUUAUUAUUUUUUACAUCUUCUGUGACGAUGAAGCUACAUGAAUACGAGUGUUAUUUUUCAGGUGUGUUGUUUUCUACCUAAAAAGUCUUGUACAUUGUAUCGACUGCCCAUUAACUCUGUGCUGCUGUGUGUAAACACCGGAUGCCUCCUUUGGUCUCAACAGAGCAAAGAAAAGAAAAAAAAAAAGAUUGUUAUUUUUAAAAAUGUAUUUAUUAACAACAUUAUGGUUUGGAUGUUGUGUUCAUUGUAUGUCAUUAGCGAGAUAACGGAAGUGUUGCGUCAGGUCACUGCUGGUCCUCUAACACGCCAGACUCUGAAGUUAUGCAAUGAAAUGACAUAUUAGUGAGUGUUAUGAACUUAAUCAGUAUCCAGGCUUAAACGCGCUGCCAAAUAUGAGUCCCUCCUUCCACUCCCUUUUCCAUUCUCUGACCUUUUAUGCUUAGAUUUAGAUUAUCCCUCGAAGCAAAUGUGAUUUAUUGUGCAAACAGAAACUAAGACAGCAUAUUUAUCAAAAGUUUAUGGGGUAUUUUCUUUCCAAAUACUAAGAACAGAAGUGUUUUAACAGUAAGCAAGACGCUAAACAGUAUUGGAAACUCUGGUUAUUGGUAUCUGAAUAAUCACACUUCAUCAAGCUUUACGUAUUAGCACAUAAGAAACACCUCAACAGAGAGAGAGAAGAGAUAGUUUAUGAUUUUUCAUCAGCACAUUAUCAUUGUUCAUGGAUUGGACUGAAGUUUUUCCUUUUUGGUUUCAGAGAAGAGGGUUUGUCGUGUGUUUUAUGUGAGUCGAAAAACUUUGAGAGUCACACUGUUAACGGGACGCAGGCGUCUGUGUGUGUCGUGUAGUUGUUGUCUUUGUGAUGAAAGCUGUCCGUUGUCCCAAUGCUAGUCAUGACUAGAUAGCUACUGAGCACUGAGUUUGACUCAUAUGUAUUCUAUUGUGCCUAUUUCACCUACUGGAGGCUGUAUUUUUCUCAUUUGUUCCUUUAGCUGCUCAACUACCGCAGCAUCAUAGCCCGAAUGAAUAAACUGUAGGACGUCAGGUACAACUGCACUGCUACUACCACUGUGUACUUCCAUCUUUGUGAUUUGUCGAGUUUUGUUUUUGAUACUUUGUUAAUUAAAAAACGUGUAAAUGAU